GGAAAAUUAAUUUGUGAAAAUCGAGGACCGAUUAUUAGAGGAAUUACGAUUCACAAGGAAUAAAAAACAGUCAUUUCACAUUUCACGGGAAAAACUAACGCAUUCACGAUCAUCACCAAAGCCACUGGUUGAAAUGUCACGUAUACGCAGAUGCGUCACGGGACCCAUCACGCAUAUAGCGCAUCACGAACGCAACCGUGACGUGUUUUACCUGUCACGGGAUCACGAGGCCAAUGUUCACUGAAAUCAAUGGCGGAAGCAAAAUGGCGCCGAUGUUUCGGACAUGUUGUGGGUUUCUUCAAAUACAGGCGGCUUACAAAGUAGGCAAUCCACUAUUGUGUAUAAAGACAGGCUUGAAUGCUGGACCUAAAUGUUUGUAUAGAUUGCCUGCUAUUCAGAGAUCAUGUGGACACCAUGUAAAGCCCACCAUAGCUGUAACAAAGAUAUUGCCUUCUAUGAGCAAUCGAUUUGCUUCUUGUAAGCCAGGACUCCUCUUUGUGAGUUGUCGUCAACAGCAUGGAGGUGCCAAUAUUACAGAAAAAAGCCUUAAAGGCCUAUCUUCUUCAAAUGGCCUUACAAUACUCAAGAGGAUGUUGAAACAUGUAUGGCCUAAGGACAGGCCUGACCUCAAGAGAAGAGUGGUUGCUGCUGUUGUGCUACUUGUUGGUGCAAAGCUAAUGAAUGUGCAGGUUCCAUUCUUGUUUAAGUACGCCAUUGAUUACCUCAAUAACUUGGAUUCUGCUGGUUUGGUUCAGACAACUGGUGGAACUGUUUUCACUGCACUGACAGCAAUACUCUUGGGCUAUGGCGCAGCACGAACAAGUGCUUCUCUCUUCAAUGAAUUGAGAAAUGCAGUGUUUGCUAAAGUUGCUCAAGGGUCAAUCCGCUCUGUUGCAAAGAGAACAUUUCUUCACCUUCAUAAUCUGGACCUGAACUUUCAUCUGAAAAGGCAGACAGGUGCAUUGUCCAGAGCUAUUGACAGAGGAACUAGGGGUAUCAACUUUAUUUUGAGUGCAUUAGUGUUCAACAUCUUCCCAACGAUUUUUGAGGUGCUGCUGGUGUCUGGAAUAUUGACAUAUCGCUGUGGUAAAGAGUUCGCCCUGGUUACACUAGCUUGUCUGGGAACGUACGCCGCAUUCACACUAUUAGUAACACAAUGGAGGACCAAGUUCCGUGUACAGAUGAAUAAAGCAGAUAACGAAGCUGGCUCUCAAGCCAUUGAUUCGCUCAUCAAUUACGAGACCGUGAAGUAUUUUAACAAUGAACAGUUUGAGGCCGAGAGAUACGACAGGCUCCUAGCAGAUUACGAGAAAGCUUCGCUCAAGACAACCACUAGUUUAGCUCUUCUUAGCUGGGGACAGAACUUUAUUUUCAGCGCGUCCUUGAGUAUAAUCAUGGUACUGGCCAGCAGACAAAUCCUACAAGGUACAAUGACAGUAGGUGACCUGGUGAUGGUGAAUGGCCUGUUAUUCCAGCUGUCCGUUCCACUAAAUUUUCUUGGCUCUGUUUAUCGUGACAUAAGGCAAUCACUGGUUGAUAUGCAGACCUUGUUCGACCUUCAUAAAGUUUCUUCAUCUAUCAAGGUGAAGCCUGGUGGAUUUCCUCUUGUUCUAAAACCUGGUGAUCAAAGAUCCCAUGUCAUUUUUGACAACGUUGUGUUCGGCUACUUGCCAGGACAGAAUAUUUUGAAUGGUCUGACAUUUACUGUUCCAGCGGGGAAGAAGAUUGCUAUUGUGGGAGGUAGCGGUUCCGGUAAAUCCACCAUUGUCCGAUUGUUGUACCGAUUUUACGACCCUAAUGAUGGGCGCAUUCUGGUGGCUGGCCACGACAUUCAAGAUCUAACGAUCGAUUCUUUACGAAAAGCCAUAGGCGUUGUUCCACAGGUAAGUGGACCUACUUGUCGUCUGUGCUAGGUUGUGACUUCAACAUCUGACAAACCAAAGGAAUGCCAAAGAAAAUCAGUUUUUCAGUCGCUUUCUGUGAGCCCGUAACCACCUUGGCUCAGUUAGUGGUCUGCCACAGCAGAGUGGAAGGGGAGGUCAUGGACACGAAUAUAAGUCGAGAAAGACAUGUUUUGUCUUUCCCUCGGUAUUGCGAUGAUACCAGAUUGAAGUGAUCAUUUUUUGAAGUACCCAAGCAGUCCAGCCUUAAAGGAAUUUGGAUUCCUUUGUACUUGUGUCCUACCUGUCUAGAUUGAUUGUGUCAUACGAGGGCUUGAAAAAUCCUCGAAAAAGGCUCUGAAGUUUGUAUGAACCAAGGUCAAAUGGAUCAUCUGGUAAUGUGGUUGUUAAAAUUUAGCGGAAUCAAUGUCAACAUGCCAAACACGAAAGACCGUAUUUGACCACAUUUCCAAACA